AUGCCUCUCGAUACCUCAACAUACUCAUUAGCGCUCCUGCGCGUCGACGGACGAAGAUGGAACGAACUCCGUCGUCUCCACGCCCAGAUUAGAACUCAAGAUGCUGCCGACGGUUCAUCAUAUCUCGAAAUGGGUCAUACAAAAGUCAUGUGUGUCGUGACAGGUCCUUCGGAACAGAACCAGCAGAAACGCGGUGGACAGCAGGCUCCUCGUGAUAUGGCGGCGAUCAACGUCAAUGUUGUGGUUGCUGGGUUCUCAAGCGUGGAUCGCAAGAAGAGAGGGCGCAAUGACAAGCGCAUACAAGAGAUUGAAACUACGAUUGAGAAUGCCCUGGCUUCCAACUUACAUACGCAUUUGUUCCCCCACUCCUCGAUUUCGAUCUCGCUUCACGUCCUUUCGCAAGACGGAUCGCUACUCGCUGCUCUACUCAACGCUACGACUCUUGCGCUUAUCGAUGCUGGUAUCCCCAUGACGGAUUAUAUCGCUGCAUGCACAGCUGGCUCGACCUCUACAUACGCUGCCGGCGACGACACGGCCGAUCCUCUGCUCGACCUGAACAAUCAGGAGGAGCAGGAGCUUCCAUACCUCACCGUUGCGACACUGGGCGCCAGCGAUCGAGUCGCGGUCUUGGUAUGUGAGAGCCGUGUGCAGGUUAGCAGAUUGGAGGGUAUGUUGGUAGUAGGUGUAGACGGAUGUAAGCAGGUGAAGCAAUUUUUGGAUCAAGUUGUAAAGGAUAAGGGUGCGCAGAUGGUCAAGGAGGGUGCUGUGGACGCAAGCGACGCAAUGAUGGAUUUGGAUGGAUAG